AUGGAGGAUAGAAUACACACCAUCGAGGGGAAACUGGACCAGCUGAUCCAACAGUUUAGUCCUACUCCCGCAGCACCUAGCCCGGCAGCACAAUCCUAUCAGUCAGUCCCAUCAUACAAGGCGGUCCCAUCAUAUCAGGCAGUUCCGUCAUACCAGGCUCCAAAUCUAGAUUCUGCCGCCGGGUCUUUAUAUUCUAGAGGCGAUAGGCGAGACGAAAAGCUCAGCAAUAUAGGCCCCCAAGAGAUAAGCCCGGACGACUUUGGCCAGUUGUAUCUUACCUGGUGCCACAACCAACCCAUUGCUCUGUUCAGACAAGAUACAUUUCUUGAAUCUCUCCACACCCGGGACCCUGAGCUCGUCCUUGCAUUGCAAGCUCUCAGUCUACGGUUUCCUCCAGGCACGCUAAGUCUUCAAAAGCAAGAUCAGUUGGAUGCCAUGGCUAGGAUGUCUCGCCGACGUGUCAUGGAUAGGGUUAUAGAAGGCUACGUCGAGCUGUCAACGUUGCAGACCCUAUGUAUCCUGAGCAUAAUUGAUUUCACAGAUGGCAGAAUCGUUCAAGCCGACCUAAACCUCUCCAUGGCAAGCCACUUUGCACACAGUCUCCAACCAAGCAGCGCAAUGAGCGAUUCCGAAGAAUGUCUCGACUGUCUCCGAAGCAUCCUCAUGCUGCAGCGGCUUCAAGGAUGCAUUUUCCCCGGAUCUCGGCUGGCGAGCGUCACGCCAACGAUACAAAACGGAUUCCCCGUCGCGGGCCAUGCCAAGUUCUGCAAAGCCCCCGAGCCAGCUGUGUUGGCCCGGACGUACGUGGAUAGUCAGAUGACGACUGGGAUUCAGAAGCAUACGAAGCUGGUCAGCGAGGUUUGGCAAAUGGCCAGAAAAUACGCUGCCUAUCGAGUUGGACCGGAUGAAGUACCGCCCUGGAACUCGCAAUCCGACUACUCGUGUAUCAUGCAGGGCCACAUGGAUAUAGAUUCCCUCGUCCCAACAAAGUAUCGAUUUUCCUCGGAAAGAUUCGGGGACCACACGGCGGAGGAACUGCAGCAGCGGCGCGACUAUUGGGGGCCGUGGCUAUUCAUCCAGUUCAUCUACGCAGCGAUCCCAUGCUUGCUCAACCAUCCCUUUCUUCUAUCCAUGCGGCUUCGAAACUUCCGCCACACGAUGCCGCAGUCCUUUAUUUACCAGUCGUACGAGCUCAUUAUGCGCCACACGGGCUGGAUUAUUUACUUUAUUGACCUCUCGGAAAAGAAAUCCUUUGUGGUGUCUGAUCCGUCGCUGGCUCAUUGCGUCGGUAUAGUUGCAACAAUCCAUCUGCAACACAGUUUUGUCGACGAUCUGUCGCUUCGUGGCAAGGCCCAAGCUGGGUUUGAAAAAUGCAUGAAGUUUCUUCGUCGCAUGGGGUCCAUUUGGCCGAGCACUGCUAUCAUGGCUCAAAACUUACUGAAAUUACAAGCCAGUAUUGCAUCGGCUCACUCACCUAGCUCUCGGGGCCCAGAAGACCGUGGGCUGGAGGGCGGCUUUUCCAUCGACGCCCAACUCCUCUGGGAUAUCUUGAUAUACGAACAAGCAGGACUCCACAAUGCGACGGCAGAUCAGUCCAUGUUUGGCGAGUCAUUAAAAUCCGAGAGAGCACAUAGCGAAAACGAUUUAAGUCUUGCCGCCGCCAAUCUUGUCGGGUCUGCCGGCAUCUCGGGCCACAAAACGGUGCCCGCCAAGUACAUAGUGCCUCCAUAUGCCCCCAGCGAGGGCGGCACACCGCCGAGAAUGACGGAUCGAAUGGUCUCGGAUGUGGAAAAGUUGGUAGAAAGCAGGGCUUUUCAAGGACUUGGGGAGGUCAACGACCACAGCUUUCUGCAAGCUAGCGACUUUAACAAGGCUAUUGAGAAUUGGUGGGACGUUGAUUUCUUGUAG